AAUAUGGUGCAGUUGACGUUAUUAGUGCACUUCUAAAUGUUUUAAAUGAAUACAGUGUGUGAGAUAUUAGUUGAUUCAAAAAUAAUCAUCCCUGAUUAUACCUAGAUGUGUUAUUUCAAAUAAAAAUAAAAAUAUUCAUGUCUAAUAAAACACGUGCAUGCUUGUUUGGCAAAACAAUAAGGAGCAAUCCUUUAUAUAAAAAAUCAUGCCGAUCAAACAAGAGAACAACAAUACAAAAGAAUCAAUGGUGAUAAGGAGUGCUUUUGGUGAUAACAAUUUUAAUAGUGGUAGUGAUCAUGUAUUAUCAUUAAACGAUGUUUUAACAUCAUUUAAUGGACCAAUUAGUGUUGAAUUUGCAUGGGCAUUAUGCUAUCAAUGUGCUAAGUGUUUUAAUUAUGCAUUAAGUGAAAAUCGUUCCAAGUGUUUAUUAGUGUCCGAUGUUGAACAUGUGUUUAUACAAUCCGAUGGUAAUAUUAGUUUAAUGAGUAUUUAUGGUGAUGAGCUUAAAAAAUAUGAUUCGACACGUACACCAUUGAAAUCGGAAAGAGAGUUAGUUCGUGGUCUGGGCUGUGUAAUAUAUAACGCAUUAGACUUUAAAAAUGAUACAUCCGCAGAAGUUGAACUUGGACCACAAUUGGAGGAACUUAUUACAUAUAUGACAUCAAAUGAUGAUGAUGAAGAGAAAGAAAAUGAAGUUGAUGAAUUAGAACGACUAGAUGGUACAGACGAUGAAGGCAUUGAACGGGAUUCAGGUGAUUAUGAUUGUGAGAAUGCUGGUCCAUCCUCAUAUUCCUCAGAUAUUUUAUUAUCAUCGUCACAUCAUCACCAUUCACACCAUCAUCACCAUCAUCAUAGAACGUUGGCAAAAGUACAAAAGUUGUGCGUGGAACAUAUUGGACCAGAUGCUGAGAAACAUUAUAGAAAAGUAGUUAGCGCAUUAUAUGCGGAAGCACGUGAAUUAGCAACAUUUUUACAAACCGUUUCAUCAACUGGUGCACGAGAUUUUCGUCCAAAUCCAGACAUAUCAUCAUGUUCGGAUUUAGACAAAUUACAAACCAUGGAUUGGUCUCGAUUUUGGGUACAAGUGAUUGGUGAAUUACGUAUGGGUGUAAAAUUAAAAAAAGUCGAUUAUAGUCGAACACCAAUCGAGUACGAAUUAACUCCAUAUGAAAUUUUAAUGGAUGAUAUUCGUUCACGACGAUAUAAAUUACGUAAGGUUAUGAUUGAUGGCGAUGUACCACCACGAGUCAAGAAAGAUGCACAUGCUGUUAUUUUAGAAUUUAUAAGAAAACGUCCACCAUUACGAAAAGUAUCAGAUAGAAAAUUACCACCAUUGGUGCGUUGUUUAACUCCUCAUGAAAAAUUAUUGGAUUCAAUCAAGAAAGGGAAAAAAUUACGACCUUCGAUUCAGCAGAAACAAUCCGUAUUAGCUGACACAACACCUCCAGAUUCACCGAAAUAUCGAGAUGAAUCCGAUAAUAAUUCUACACAAAUCAAUUCACAACCACCAAAAAGACGUUUAAUUAAAGUUGAUUUUUCAGCGAUUAAUUUGGAUGAUGACGACGACGAAGAUUUAGAUUCACCAACGACAACAACCGAUACAUGCGAUCAUGGAUUUUUGGAUUCAAGUUAUGUAUAUCCAAAAUCACAACAGUCAUCAACAACAAACAAUACACCACAAAGAACUGUAACACAACAAUCGUCAACAACAAAUCCAUGGAAGCGUACAGGUAGUCAUGGCCCAGCAGCCACAAUCACCAAUGACGAGUAUCACCACUUUUGUGACAACGCGCUAGAGUCAUAUGAUUUAGCAACACAAUGUCCCAGUCGUCGUGCAUCCAUGCGACGUCAUACGGUAGUCGCAUGCGCACCAGAAUUACCAGUAAGCAUACAGCAUCAAUCAUCCGCGUACAGUAGCAGUCAUUAUCAACAUCAUCAUAAUAAUUGUUAUUCCGUACCGCAAUCACAACCGGGAUCACGUCCUGGUUCACGAUUAUCACAUACAAGUAACGAUACCACGGAUUCAAAUCAUUUGGGUACAACUUUACCAGAGAUGUCAUGGUCGCGUAGUUCGUUACAAGAUGAAUUAAUGCAGUCAAAACAAUGGCAAGAGGCGAUGUCAUUGGAUGAUCGUUUAUCGUUAACAUUGGAGGAGAUUGUACAUAUACGGUCAGUGCUAACAAAAGCCGAGUUGGAAGGCUUGCCGGUUGAGGGUCAUGUUAAAGAAGAUGUGGAGAAGAGAAAAGUGUGCUUUUUAUGCUUAAAAACACGAUUUGGUAUAUUUGGUCCUUGGGGUCAACGAUGUAAAUUGUGUAAGAGGACUGUGUGCGCUAAGUGUCACUCAAAGAUGCGAAUACCCACAGAGCAUUUUUCAAAUGUACCCGUUGUAUUAUUAAGCCCAACGUUAAUGUCCUCGCCGGAAGAUGAUAACCAUAAAGACACAUUCCCACGCUCAUUAAUGGCACGUUUAAUGAUACCUGACCAACAGCAGCAACAGCAGCAACAACCGUCAUUACAGAAUCAACGGAAUAAUAUAGUACGGAAUAAUAGUGUGGGUAGUGCUCCAAGUAGUCCGAAUUUUCAACGUGCUGCUAAUGGAGUUGGUGUGAAUAAUGGCAUUGAAUCAUCAAAUUCAGCACCUGGAUCACGUGUUGAAUCACGUAUGGCUACAAGUAUGGAAGGCCCUACAAGUUUACCAGCUGAAAGUCCUGCAUCUACAAUUAGUGAACGAAGGUCACGAAUGGCGCGUGCAAAAACACAACUAAAUCGCUUCGAUGAUAAAUCCUCCACAGCUGAUAAGCUAAAAGGUAUGCAAAUGAUUGUAUGCCAUGAUUGUAAGACAAUGGUCAUACAAAUUAUCAAAUCAUCGCGUACAAAUCGCACAGCUAUACGCAACAAUGCUCUACGUAAUCUAACAUUAAAUUUAUCACCUGUUUAUUAAACAAAACAGAACAAUAUUUUUUGUUACAUUAUUUCUCCUUUAUCCAUAUAUUAACACCCCCCCCCCUCAACCCUUCCUACUCCAACUAUAUCAAAAUCAUUCAUUUCCCCGUAUCACAUCCUCUGGACAUUUAUCAAAUUUUUC